CCACCUUCGUUUAAUCAACUCAUCCAUCUUGAGGAAACAAAUAUAUCUAGAUAAUUACUUGCAACCCUCCAUCGCGACGACUGCUUUAAGGAGGAAAAUGCCUGGCCCCUCUGCCGCAGACUCGCUCCGCGCCCACCUCGCGUACAAACCAGAGCCCCUCAGAUUCGGCACCAGUGGCCGCCGCGGCAGAGUUGUUGAUUUAACCAACCUCGAAAUCUACACAAAUGUCCUGGCCGAGGUCCACUACCUCCAGUCUCUCAAAAUCUCCGAUGGCGGCAUCAAAUCUGGUGACGAUUUCUAUUAUGCCUACGACCUCCGCCCCAGCUCUACCAGCUACGUGGAGAACCGCCGCGGCGCUCUCUGCCAGGCGGUCGAGCAGGCCCUGAGAGAUGGAGGCAUGCGGCCCGUCAACCUCGGCGCUAUCCCGACGCCUGCCUUGGCCUAUUACGCCAUCAGGCAUGGCAAGGGGAGCAUCAUGGUGACAGGGAGUCAUAUCCCCUUCGACCGCAACGGUUACAAGCUCAACACCUCUAGAGGAGAACUUAUGAAGUCAGAUGAGGAGCCCAUCAACAGCGCUGUCGCCCUCAAGCGGGAAGAGCUGCUUAGCCAGCCAUACGCUGAGUCCUUGUUCGACGACCAAGGCGUCUUCCGCCGGGAACCAUCUAGCCUCAUCCCUACUAUAGCUGACGGCAGAGCCGCCUACAUUCAGCGCUACCUUGAUUUCUUCGACGGGGAGACGCUGGAUGGCAUGAAGGUCCUCAUCUACCAGCAUUCUGCAGUCGGCCGCGACCUUGUGGUGGACAUCUUCCAGAGGCUAGGAGCUGAAGUCGUAUCUACCGGCCGGAGCGAGACCUUCGUGCCGAUCGAUACCGAGGCCAUCGACGAGGCUCAACUCAACACCAUCCAAACCCUCUACGACAAGACAAGCCAAAAGUUCGACGCCGUGAUCUCCACCGACGGCGACAGCGACCGGCCGCUGCUCCUCGCCCCCGAGUGCAACGACAGGUUGCGCUUCUUCGGCGGCGACCUCCUGGGGAUGGUAGUCGCAGAGUUCCUAGGCGCCGACUCAGUCGUCGUCCCGAUCAGCACCAACGACGCCAUCGACCGCGGUUCGCUCGCCUCUGCGGUCGAACCUAAGACCAAGAUUGGCAGCCCGUACGUGAUCGCGGGGAUGCAGCGAGCUGCGUCUUCUAGCUCCCAGCGGCGCGUGUGUGGGUGGGAGGCCAACGGCGGCUUCCUCACUGGGUCCGACAUAGAUCGCAACGGCAAGACACUCGCCGCGCUGCCGACCCGCGACGCGGUGCUUCCGGUUCUCUGCGCUCUAUUCGCGGCUCGUAGCCGCAAGAUGUCGCUGCCGGGGUUGUUCAACACGUUGCCCCAUCGCUUUAGCCGCGCCGCUUUGAUCCGGGACUUCCCCCGUCCGACGAGUGCGAAGAUCAUUGAGCGUUUCUCGCCUGCUGACGACGCCGUGUGCAAAGUUGAGUACCAUGCCGACCAUAUCGCCGCCCAAGACGCCGACGGUACCCUCUUGCAAGUACCAGAUUCCAGAGUCGAGCGCCUCGCGACAAUCCGCCGGGAUCUUCAGACCGUGUUCUCCGGACCGGACUUCGCCCCAAUCGCCCGGCUCGACUACACCGACGGGGUACGAAUCGUGUUCGCGGACGGCGAUGUCGCGCACUUCCGCCCGUCUGGUAAUGCCGACGAGAUCCGCAUCUACUCCGUCGCUGAUAGCCAGGCUCGAGCUGACGCCAUUGCCAAUUUGGGGGUUGCGGAGCCAGAUGGGUUGCUUAGACGGCUGGAGCAGAUGGUCUGAGGCGUUAGCAUCGCGGCUCAACCAAGGGGCUGAUAACAUGGAUAUGAAUAAACACGCCUUGAGUCUCCUUCGUGGUGAGGUUUAAAUUCGCCUCCCAAUCUAUCGUCGCCAUCAACCCAUCCCAUGUAUAAGCGCGCGUCUUUGCGGCGUUAUAGUUAGCUAUGUCCGCCCUGUCAAGACCAACUCAUAUAUGUUAAGGGUGUGAUAU